AAAUUUGACCCCUUAUAAAUAUCCUUCCAACCACCAAAAUUACUCACAGUCAAAUCAAUUAAACUCUCAAACUCUCUCAACCACAAAAAUUCUACAGCUUAACCAAGAGAGCACCCAUGGAAGGCGAAAAUCCAAACCCUAACCAAAGUGAAAACUCACCCACCAAAGAGCAAGAUCCAACCUUUAUACCUCCACUCGAGAUGAUUAUUACUGAAUUUCCUAACCUAUCACCUCUAAAGCAAAAAACACCAAACCAAAACCCCGAGACGAAACCGAAACCUCGUCUACUGCUAGUCUUCCAAAUGUCAUUGAUCGAAUUACGGCUUGGAAGAAACGAAAGGCCGAGAAAAGUCUUAAAGAGCAGAUGGAGGAAGCGAAUGCACUAUCUAAGGGGGAGGACACUGUCAACAAGGAUAAAUCCGAGGGGGAAGAAGACCAAAAGAUGUUGGAAAAACAAGCUAAAAGAAUUUGAUGCUGCUAGAUUGGGAACUCUGCUACAAGUUCCAUGUGAGGGAUUUGAAACCUAUAUGAAAGGUGAUGUGAGUGUGAAGGUGGAAGGUCACACUAAAACUGAAAUAGUAACAUUUUUAGGAGGAAAAAGUGGUGUGAGUGUUAUGAACCACAAUGAUCUGUCUCCCUUUCACAAACUCUUGUUCAAUCUUGUUAAAAAAUCCCUGAUCUGGAGAACACAAAAUAAAAAUGAAUUCUGCUACCUAUACAUGGCCUUGAUCUUUUGCAUGUCUAAGAAAAUCAAAAUCAACUUUCCCUCUUUGAUGAUGCAACACCUAAAACACUGUAUUGAGAAGGAAAUAAAAAUAGGAUAUGGUGCUACCCUGGCCACGAUGUUCGAAGAUCUAGGAGUGAAGUUAGUGGAUUUCUAUGGUAUAAUGAAGGAGAAGAGAGAGAACAUAAUUAAUGGGGACACCUUGAGGGGAUUGAGUCUUGAGGUUAUGAAGGGGAGAUGUGAAAAAUAUGAAGCAAAAAAGGAUAAGGCAAAGAAAGAAAGUCCUCAACCAACGGAAUCUGUUGGGAAGAGUAGAAGACUCACUACAGGAACUCAGGUCAAGACACGCCUAAGUGAACCUCUGGAAAUCAGUGACAAGGAUGAGGGCACUGAGGAAUUGGUCUCUGAGUUGGCUAACAGGGUAAUGCAGGUUGAAGGACAGCUGAUGGAGAUGACGGGAAAGGUGAGAUCCUUGGAGAGAACUAUUCAGAACCAGGAGAAGGAGUUCCAGAAGAAGCUCUCCACCAUGGAGGCAAAGAUGCUAAAGAUGAAAGAAGACAACAAGACAACUCUUGAGCAGAUUCUCAAGACUCUUGAUGAUUGAUCAGCUUAUGCUCUCUGCCCAACCUAUCCCUAUGCCUAUUUUGAAUCCCCUGCUUCUGCUUAAGGAACUUUGUUAUGGUUUUUAAGACAAUUUGUUUUUAAGUAUUUUGAACUUGGUUUGUAAUAUUUUGAACUGCUCUGGAUAGUUGGCUUUUGUUAUAAUAUUCUGGAACUUUUUCUAUAUAUGUAUGCAUUUCUUGU